CGCCCCCGGCUGGCCCAGGUGUCUCAACGUGGGGAGCACCGAAGAGCUGAAUUCCAACUCCAAGUACUUGUUCACCAUGACCACCGUCUUCGCCAUGCGCACGGCCAAGUCGGAGUUCGAGCUGAGGCUGAAGGGCCUCUCCAACCUCCGGGAAUCAUGGCAGAGCCUGGAGGACAUCCAGAAACUCUUCUGGUUCAACAAAACUCCAGUCACAGAAUAUGUCACUGAACACUGGGUAGAUGACGAUUUCUUUGGCUACCAAUAUCUUAAUGGAGUCAACCCCGUUAUCAUCCGAAAAUGCACCAAGAUCCCGGAAAACUUCCCUGUGACCCAGGAGAUGGUGGCUGGCAGCUUAGCAGAAGGCACCAGCCUCCAGAAAGAGCUGGAGAAUGGGAACAUGUUUAUCACAGACUACAAGAUUCUGGAGGGCAUCCCCACCUGCGAACUGGACGGGAAGCCCCAGUACAUCUCGGCCCCGCUCUGCCUGCUGUACCUGAACCCACAGGGGCAAAUGAUGCCGGUGGCUAUCCAGAUCAGCCAAACCCCAGGGCCCGAGAACCCCAUCUUUCUGCCCUCGGACUCCACAUGGGACUGGAUGCUUGCCAAGAUCUGGGUGAGGCUGGCCAACUUCCACGUCCACGAAGUCAAUACCCACCUCCUGGAGGCUCACUUUCUGGGCGAGGUCUACACCAUGGCCACCCUCCGCCAGCUACCCAUGUGCCACCCGAUUUACAAGCUCCUGAUUCCCCACACCCGCUAUAUAUUCCACAUCAAUACUCUUGCGCGUACCAGUCUUCUCCAAGCAGGAGGUUUAUUGGAUAAGGCGACUUCGACGGGCCGUGAGGGGAUGUUGAAACUGCUAGCCAGAGGCUUGCAAGCCACCAGCUACACUUCCCUUUGCCUCCCGGACGACCUGGAGGACCGUGGAGUCACCUCGUUGCCCAAUUACUACUACAGGGAUGACGGGAUGAAGAUCUGGGCAGCCAUCGAGAAGUACGUCUCUGGCAUCGUCGGCUUCUACUAUAAAUCUGACGCGGCUGUGAAAGGCGACUCUGAGCUGCAAGCUUGGAUUCAUGAGAUCUUCACAGAAGGCUUCCUGAGCAGAAAAUCUUCAGGUGUGCCUUCCAGCCUGGAAACUGCCCCGGAGCUGAUCCGGUUCCUCACCAUGGUCAUCUACUGCUGCUCGGCACGACACUCAGCUGUCAACAGCGGGCAGUUUGACUUUGCUGCCUGGAUACCCAACACGCCGCCCACCCUGAGGCAGCCCCCUCCCAAGGUCAAGGGCGCCACCACCCUGCAAAGCGUCCUGGAUACGCUCCCGGACGUGAGCUCCACGUGUUCGCUCUUGGUGGUCCUUUCUGUGGUUAGCAAUGAACUGGGCGACCUGAGACGGCUGGGCAAUUACCCUGACGAGCAUUUCACAGAGGACGAGCCGAAAAGACACAUCGCAGCCUUCCAGGCACAACUGGCGGAGAUCUCUAAGGAAAUCAAAGAAAGGAACCAGAUGUUACCUCUCAGCUACUCCUACAUGGACCCCGCUGUCGUCGAGAACAGUGUCACUGUAUAG